AUGAGUGCAAUUAGCACGUUGGAGAAUCGUUGUCGAAUUUGUGCUUUACUAUUUAGCGACUUAACAUGUGCAAUACCAAUUUUUGGACAAACUUCAGCAAACUUUUUUCUUCAAAGAAAAAUAGAAAAAUAUCUUUACAUUACGGUGCUCGAAGAGGAUUUGUUGCCGAAAACAAUAUGUGCAACCUGUUUUCUUAAAAUUGAAAGCAUUGAUAAAUUUGCAUUUUCUGCGGCUAAGAAUCAGGAAUGCUUUUUGCAAUGGCUUAAAACUAAUCAGCAAGCGAAACUAGAUGAGAAUAAUAUAACACAAACAACAAUUGAAACGUCAACAAAUUCAGAUUUUAGUUUUAGUAAUAUAACGAUUAAGAAGGAGUUUAAUCAUCGACAACAAAUUGUUAUUCAGCCUCAAAAGUCUAGAAAUGCACGUCAUGUUGAUCACAUUACAUUAGAGCAGAUUAUUAAUGAUCAAAUCAUUAAGAAUCCUAAACUGCCGGCAAGUACAACGAUAACGAAAAUUGACGAGUCUACUAAAAGGCAACGUGUACAAAGUCAACAGCAGCAAAAAAGCGAAGCAACAAACAUUUCAAUUGUUUCAUACAAUAACUUACAAAUUGGUCAAGUUAUAAAAGAUUAUGAGUUGUUAAAGUUAAUACUGAGAGCUUUAAAAUGGGAAGAAUUCGAUCGCAAGGCGAGUUACAAUGAGCUUAUAGAGCGCUUAAAGCGGUCGCAUUGUCGUGACAUAUUAACAAAUAAAAACUUACUAUCCGACAAUGAUGUUGUUCAGUUAUUACGGUCAUACGUAAAUGAUUCUAUGCUUUCGAGCUUUAAAGCGCAACAAGUGACACCGCAUCAAAAUAUAUCGAAAAUUUUUGUCACCCAACCUGUUAAUCAACCGCUUGUUAUUUCAUCACCACAACAACAAUCUUCACCAUCACAGCUUCGAGUGCCAUCCACACAAAUUCCAGCAACGAAUGUGCCAACUAAAAGUUCACCUCAAAAGAGUCAGUUACAAACACAAGAAAAACCUCAAAUACAACAGCAUGAAAUGUCUACAGCUAGUAGUGAAGAAGCAAUGGAAGUUUCAAUCGAUCCUGAAAUGUUCUUAGCUAUAAACGAGGAAACAGUAACUAUAGAUGAUGAUGAGGAGGAUGAAGAAGAUGAAAAUACUACAUCUGCUGUUGAAACAAAAAUAGAAACUGCAAAGUUGGUCGAAAAAGAAGACACAACCACAACGAGCGAAGAAAAUGUCGGUAACAAUGGAAAUUAUAUAUGUUCGUCAUGUCCGAAAGAGUUUACAUCCAGUACGGACUUACAGAACCAUGUUACUGACCAUUUAAUUACAACGGCUGCAAUUAAGAAUAAUGCAGAGCAGUCAAAUAGCACAGAGAAAACGACAGUAGUACAACAGAAGGUAACAAGAAGCAGCGUAGCUGAAAGAUUGUUAAAAAAGAGGAAGGAAAAUGAUCGAUUAAAAUCGAGAAGGAAGAAAAUUGUUAUAAGAAUUAAUCCGAGCCCCAAACGAAAUAUCAGAGAAAGAGCCAAGUCAACACCAUUCGUUUGUCUAAUCUGCAAGAGGAACUUAUCGUCAAAACGAAAUCUUACAUUACAUAUUGAUACCCACAAGAAUAAGAAUGGAAAAUUUCCAUGUGAUGGAGACGAUUGUAGAAAGAUCUUCGCCAAGAUUGAGAAUCUAGUGAAGCAUAAGCUGGAAGCCCACGAGAAAGCUUCAAAGCGCAAAAAAAAUCAAAACGAGAAAUAA